AAGUGGCAAAAUGCCCACAGCAAAGCAACGUACUGUCUGUCUCCAAGACGAUUAAGCCGUGCAUCGCGGAUGCUCGGUGUGCUCGAGGCCGUGGGAAAGAAGGCGGGACCAGGAAGCGGGAUGACAGACAAGUAGUGCCUUAGCCGGUCUUGUAUGGCUGUAUGGAGCGACAAUUGAUUCCCAUUUUCAUUAAGGAGACAUUUUUGGCAUAUAGUAUUUCGGAUAAAUUGAUUUGUGUCAUUAGAUGGACAACUACUUCAUACAACGUGUGUUUUCAAAGAUCGACAGGAAAAUGGUAAAUGAUCCAGUUACAUCUUGGACAAGGAUGAAAUCUAAAAGCAAAUGCAGGAAAACAAUUCAACCUGUUUAUCAGUCAGGAAGUGAAGAAGAGAAGUGGAGCCUUCAGAUUCUUCAUAAGGGGAGAGUGAGUUGUCCAACGUGUAAAGCAGUUUUUAGGAAAACCGUGGAAGGAUUAAAAAAGCAUAUGGCAAACUGUAAGAUGGAUCUCUUUACUUGCCAGCACUGUGGAAAACAGCUUAAAUCUCUCACAGGAAUAAAGUACCACAUUAUGGCUGACCACAAUGAAUUGCCAAAUGAAAGAGAUAUAGACAUCUUGGAUAUUCAAAGUGUAAAAGAAAAACUUAGGAAGGUGUUGAAGCGAAUGGGCAAAUUAAAAUGUACAAAACAGAGUUGUACAGCCAGCUUUACCAGUAUAAUGGGUUACAUGUACCACAUAAAGAAAUGUGGUAAGAAAGCAUCAGAGCUUGAAAAUCUAAUGAUGAAUUGCAAAUACUGUGGAAAAGCAUACAAGUCUAAAGCAGGAUUGGAAUAUCACAUGAAGUCAGAGCAUGGUCCAACACCAGAAAGCAGUGAAGAGGAUGCUGAGAAGAAUGAGAUGGAUUCAGUAGAGGCAUGGACAGCAAGUGGCAGGGUAAAGAGGCGGUCAGCUCAGCUGGCAAUAUACCAUCUGCAAGAGAUUGCCAUUGAGGAGCUAUCUAGAGAGUGGCCCAAAAGAAAAGUGCAACAGGAUCUGGUUCCUGAUGACAAAAAGUUAAAGUAUGCAAGACCUGGACUACCAACAUUUAAACAAGAUAUGUUGGAAAAAUGGAAAAACAAAAUAAAAGUGGAAGGAAAAGUGCAAUGUCCAAACCAGGGAUGUAUUUCUGUUUACACUAGUAUUUCUGGGUUGAAAGCUCACCUUUGCCUGUGUUCUAAGGGAAAUUUUGAAGCUGGGAAAUAUAAGUGCUUGCUGUGUAAGAAAGAGUUCAUCUCAGAAAGUGGAGUGAAGUAUCAUAUCAACUCCGUUCAUGCACAAGACUGGUUUGUCAUUACUUCUGAAGCAAUGAAAAGUUUAAAAACAGUUACAAAACGAAACCAAAGUGCAGAAUACUUGAAGAGAACACGAAAGAAGAAGCCAUCUCUAAGACUCAGAAUUAAGAACAGACGGCUUUCACAAAGACCUACUGCAGCUUGUUUCAUUAGCCUGAAGAGCAGUGAAGACAAACAAACAAUUAAACAAAAGAACUGCUAUGAUUUUCAUGACAGUGAAAGUGAAAGCAAAAGCAGCAGCAGCAGCAGCAGCAGUGACUGUGAAACAGAUGAGGAAGAUGAAAAUUAGUGGUUGGGUAGUAUAAAAAAAAUCUCUUCAUAAAAGCAACUGGGAUCUCUUGCUUCUUUUUAUUUCACCUUAUUCAAGAUAACGGGACCAGCCAAAAGAAGAAGAAGAAGAUUCAAGAUAACUAAUUGCCAGCUCAUUCACCAGUAUUUGAUAGUGCCGUUAUCACUCCCACUGAUCUUUCAUGUCCAUACUUUUGUGAUUAUAAGAUUUACAAAUAUAUUCCUGCUGCAUUUCUAGGGACAAAUUAAAAUCUUUCAUUAAUAUUUUGUGUAUGGAUGUUUGGCAGCAUAUAAAAUGUGUAGAAUUUUAAAGAAAAAACACUAAAACUGGUAAUGCUAGUAAAGAUAUUAAAAUUAAUUUUAGUAGAAAGAGGGAAUAUUUAAAAUAUUUUUUAGAAUCAAAGCUAUUUUAUGAAAGUGGAAAAAAUAUUGCCAGUGGGAGAUCUCACAUAGUGUAGGAAGGCAUUAUGUAUUUUAUUUGAAAAUGUCAAAGUGAAAGAGGAGGAAGUGAAAAUGACAAAAGAGAAAGUGUAAUUUUUGUCUUAACUGUUGAAAUGUGUGUAUGAUUAUGAGCAUGGAUUUAAUGUGUAUGUGUGCUUAAAAGUAGUAAAAUCAUUCUUUUAUUUCAAUUUUAAAGCAGUACAACUUAUUCAGUUAAUUCCAUUAAAUAAAAACUUGCACACGUGAGUAAAACUUGUUCAAAAUAAUUUAAAAAAUUAGUGUGAUAUGUUUUUG